AUGUUUCACUGGGCAACUGGAAUCCCCUUUCACAACGAGCUCCAUGCCGGUGCAUACGACGACCUCACGUUUUGGGAACAGAUUGACGAUGGGGAACAGUAUACCCCAGCAAAGAAGUUUCUCAUCUGUACCCCCAUAUUACUGUUCCUCCUCUCGACUCACUACACCGAUUAUAAUCCCUGGGUAUUUGCCAUCAAUUUUACGGCGUUAAUGUUUUGCUUGUUCCCAAAGCUUCCAAUAUUACACGGCAGACGAGUCCGUGUUCUCCCGGGUGAUGCCUCUGGCUUUGCGACUCCAGCAGGGUCUGGAGCAAUUACGCCUCGACAAAUGUCUUUUCGCAAAUAG